AUGGCGAAGAGAGCAGAAACGUCACAUUCUCAUCGCAUAUACGAGGAACGAGAAGAGAAACUCGUGUCUUCAAAAGACGGGAAGCAGUUCAGAAGAGUCGCAAGGUUUCUCAAACCAUGUGCUCCGAAUUCGAGCAAAGCAGUGGGACCCUCAAAUACUCCAUUGUUGUCUGACGUCUUUCCUCAGAGUCUUCAACAAUGGCCGUCCACGGUUGUGUUCCCGGGUUGCAAGAAGCCCCAGGAAAAAUGGGUGGAGUGGAUUGAUAGGCUGGCCGGAAAGUACUGUACUAUUUGGAACCAAGCUGGGAUUUGCGAUGCUAUUAUGAGCUCCAAGUAUGAGACCAAGUUUAACAAGGAUUUGGUGCUGGUUAUGGCCGAGUUUUGGUGCUCGGAGACUAAUACAUUCUUGUUUGAUUGGGGCGAAGCGACGAUCACAAUGGAGGAUGUGAUGGUUCUUGGUGGGUUUUCGGUUCUGGGUAAGCAGGUGACGAGGCCCAUUAAUGGGGUGAUGAUGGAAACAGUGGAGGAGAUGGAGAAGAAGAAGACGGAGCUGACGAGAACUCCGGCGAAGAAAGCUGAUCACUUUAACUGGAUGACCCAUUUUAUGAAGCUUCAGGACUACAAGCAUGAACAUGUGGCAUUCCUGUCUCUGUGGUUGGCAAGGUUUGUCUUUCCUUCUCUUCCUGAAGAAAGCUUAGGCAAACAUGUGUUUCCCAUUGCGGUUCUUUUGUCACAGGGCACUAGAGUUGCUCUGGCUCCUGCAGUUCUUGCAGGGCUUUUCAGAGAGUUAAGCUUUUUGAAAAACCAAGCCUUUAAGGGUGAGGAGAUAAUCUCUGUUUCGAGCCCAUUUCAGCUGUUGCAGUUGUGGGCGUUGGAGAGGUUUCAGGGUGUGCUUAAGAGUCCACCAAAGAGACUUAACCCCUGUGAGCCUAGGGCGGCUCAGUGGAACAAAGUGAACAUUAAGAUUAGUCUCCCUGAUGUGAGGAGAGAGAUUAAUUUGGCUAAGAAUUUUCGGUGGCGGCCUUAUGCUGCUGAACUGACCAAUUGGCAACAUGGUUCUUACUACCUAGCUGAUAAACUGUGCUUUUAUGAUAAAACUACGGACCAGAAUUUGCAGUCUUAUGUUGAAUGCUUGUGUUGUGCUGAGUUGGUUGGAGUAGAAGAUUGUAAGGAGAAGUAUUUGCCGCACAGGGUGGCAAUGCAGUUUGGAAUUGAUCAAGACCUUCCUGGGGAUCCUGCUGCAUGCUCAGGGUUGGAUGGUAACUCGGACACUACCGAUGUUUGUUUCUUUCUUCCAGGACGGUUUUUUGAGCCGUGUGUAACUGCUAGAUACUCAUAUUGGUGGGGACUAUAUAAGUCUGCUCGCGCGGAUGCAAUCAAAGAUGGUGUCAAAGUGGCUGUAAAAAAGAUUAAGGAGAAGAGUCAUCAUCACUCCGUGGAAGAGAAGAAUUUCAAGGCGCAUAAGGCAUCUACAAAAGCUUUAUCAAAGUGUGAACUUGAAAAGAACCACUUCUGUGCUGUGCCUGAAGUCUCAACAAAAUCCAAUUGUGCUGUCAGGACACAACCCUCAGCCACUGCUCAAUUUCCCAAGAUGGUCAAGAAAGAUUUGUCUCCAAAUCAUAGUGGUGGUGGCAAUAUUCCUCUGUUGAAACAGAGGAGACUUGUGGGAAAGAGACCGACUUGUCUCCGUAAUGCUUCCACAACCAGGAAAUCCACAAAUGUUGUUUCGUCACAGUCAGGUAACCCAAAUAAAAAUGUGAAGAAACGGAAGCUGGCCACACCAACUGAAGAGUUUCCUUCUAAGAAAAGAAAUAUUAGUGAGUAUACCAAAAAUCUUUGGAUGGUUGCUACAAAAGGGAAGAAGGGUAGUGAUAUUGCAAAUGUUCAAAGUAAUGUUAGGAUAACGCAUGAGCAUCAAGUGAGAGCUAAAGUAUCAGAUGAAGGUUCUGCAAAAGGAGGGAAGAAAGCAAUGGCUGAAGGGUCUCUGAAGAAACCCUUGGAGGCUGAUGGCCGUAAAGUGAAACAAUCUGAAAGGUGUGCUGUAAAAGUUGGGAAGAAAGCAAUGUCCGAAAGGUCUCUGAAGAAACCCAUGGAGGCUGAUGGACAUAAAGUGAAACAAUCCAAAAGGGGUGCUGUGAAAGAAGUCACGAGAACAAUGGAGAAUGCUAGAACUAAAACUCAGAAAGAUGGAUUACUGAUGAGGGUUCAGAAACUGGAGAAACUUUUGGGGAUAUAG